AUGUUGCUGCUGGACAGUUUGACUGCGGUUGGCACACGGUUCGUGGGGUUCGGAAGUCGCAAAUGGGUGUCGAAAACCGCUGUACCCGACGAUACGGCGAUACAAGGAUACAAAACGCCCGAAGCAAUCGGAUUUACAGAAGUCAAUCUGUGUUUCGCUGCGUGUGCUUUCAGCUAUCAACAAAAGCGGAUUGGUGUGAAACAGGAGACAGCCAAUGCGGAGGAUAAUGAAGCACUAGACCUUCACCGCGAAGCUCGCAGAGAAGGACAGUGGCAAGAGGUGAGGGAGAAGAAAGGUUAUGCAGACGCAGCCAAAUCUCGUGGUUCCGAUUCGUGUUUCGACCGCCUCAUAUCGUCAUUAGAGGGUCUGUCCGGCCGGGAAAUUAAGGUAGAGCGCUCAACAACCAACACAUUAAGACCUCUAGUCAUUUAG